AUGUCUGUUCACUCGAACGAAAUGAAGCCCAAUGUUAAGGAGCUUGACGUUGUGGAGAUUCCCGUGGAGUUCGAGCAGGAGAUAGAGUUGAAGAAACGUGAAGCUCGAGUGGUGCGCAAGAUCGAUCUUUGUCUGAUGCCAACUCUGCUUAUUUUGAUGUUGCUGGGCUUUCUCGAUCGAGGAAACAUUGGGUUUGCUGCGUCUCAAGGCAUGAUCCAGGAUAUCGGAUUGAAGGGAAACCAAUUGAAUAUCGCAGUUUCCAUAUUCUACGUAUUCUACAUUAUCGCCGAGAUUCCCUGUUCUCUGAUGGCUAAGCGGCUGCAAUACAACCGAGUGAUUCCUGGCGUGAGCCUGUCAUGGGGCUUGGUGUGCCUUGCAAAUGGCUUCGUUAAGAACUUUGCCGGUCUGGCCGUAUGCCGUCUCCUACUGGGUCUAUUCGAGGGCUUUCUCUUUCCCUCUAUGGUGUUGAUGAUGGCAAACUACUAUCGACGAGAAGAGUUGGGAUAUCGUGUCGGAUGGGUGUACAUCUGCAUCGCUGUCUCAAGUGCAUUUGGAGGUCUGAUUGCGUUUGCAAUCCUCUACAUGAACGGCGUUGCAAAUUACCCUGGCUGGAGGUGGUUAUACAUCAUCGAAGGCCUCUUCACCGUCGUUUUUGCCACUGCGUGUUUUUGGCUUAUCCCAAAAGACUACAAGACUGCCUGGUUUUUCACUCCGGAGGAAAAGGAGAUCAUGCGUGCGCGAGACGAUGAGACACGCGCGUACAGCGGUGGCAGUGGACACUAUAAGAAGAAGGAUGUUAUGAUGGCGGUCAAAGACAUCAAGACUUGGCUCUAUGCCUUUAUCCAAAUGUUUUGCAUGACAAUGGUUUACGGAUUCUCUGUUUUCCUCCCCAUCAUCCUAAAGAACGGAUUCAAGUACGAUACAAAGCAGGCACAAUACCUUGCUGUUCCAGUGUUCCUAUGGGGCGCCAUCGUAUUGACGACUGUGGGAUAUCUAUCAGGACGACACCAAUCCAAAUUCCUUGCUGUAGCGCCACUGGCGCCUUUCGCAAUGGCCGGAUACGCGAUUCUAUUGGUACCCACGACGUCCAUCUCUGUCGGUGUUCGCUACUUUGCGUGCUUUUUGAUCACCACGGGCAUUUUCUGUUGCGCGGCGGGCAACUUUGCAUGGAUGUCGUGCAACACGGCGCCGGAGGGCAAACGCGCCGCCACAAUCGGUAUCACUCUGACGUUGACGAACAUCGGAGGCAUUAUUUCAGGUCAGAUCUACAUCCUAGAUCAGGCACCACGGUUCCAGGCUGGUCAGGCAUUUAGCUUGGCAUGUGCGGUCCUUGCAGUGGGUGGCUGGUUCUGGUUGAGGGUGUUGUUUAACAGGAGAGAGGCUGAGAAAGCCAGGCUUCGAGAAGAGGGCCAUGUCCCUGCGACUGACGGGUCGGUCUUUGAGAUCUCGGACCGUGACACUGCGUAUAGAUACCAGAUGUGA